AUGGCCAAUCCACUGGUUCCUCUCUGCCUCAUGACCCUGCUGUCGCCCGCCCUGCUCCCGGGAGCCCCCGCGUCCCCAGCCGAGGCCAUUAGCCAAGCACACAGCCUGGCCCUCUACAUGCAGAAGAACACAUCCAUGUUGUUGCAGCUCUAUCUUCAGCACCAGGGCAGCCCUUUCAGUGAGCCCGGCUUCUCGGCCCCCGAGCUCCAGCUGGACGGACUGCCCCCCGCGAACAUCUCACUCCCGGCCUGGCGCGGCCUGAGGGACGGCGAUCGGCUAACCCGGACCUUCGGGGCUUUCUCGGCCCUGGCCCAGUACCUGCAGUUGGUGGGAGACGACCAGGCCGACCUCAACCCCGACAGCCCGGCCCUGCUGGCCCGGCUCGGGGCGGCCCGCCUCCGGGCCCAGGGCCUGGCGAGCAAUACGGCCGCCAUCAUGUCCGCCCUCGGGCUCGCCCCGCCGCCGGAGGUUGACGUCCUCCGUCCCGUCCCGUUCGGGGCCUCCGCCUUCGAGAGGAAAUGUCGGGGGUACGUCGCGACCCGCGAGUACGGACGCUGGACAGACCGGGCCGUCCGGGAGCUGGCUCUGCUCAAGGCUAAAUACCCAGCGUAG